UAAUGGAUUAAGGUUUAGACCCAGCAAUGUUAUUGGCAGAAUUAAAGAAACAAGAUGAAGUAUAAAACUUGACAUAUAAUUUAGUGGGCUAAAGCAAUUAUAUUUGAUGAGGAUUUGAAUGUGAUAACUCAUAAAAACUGUGCAGCUACAAAGGAGGAAUUGACACUAUACUUGAAAGCAUAUGAUGUGAGAGAUAAUACAAUUGGUGCAGGCUUUGUAUUAUUAGGAGAACAAUAUGAAGUUCAUAGAUGGCAUCCUCCUCUGAUUUAUGGAAGAAGAGGAGAUGCAGAUGUAGGAGAAGGAAUCUCAUUAGCAAGAGUAAAAGACUUAAAAUAUUAAUAAUUAGGGAAUUUGUAAUAAGCUUAAUGGAAAGAAGGUUUAUUUAUUGAUAACCUAUGAAUUGCCAAUAGUAAGUGCAAGAGCAGUGCCUUAACAAAUAAACUUUUAUAAUCAAUUCAUUGGUGAAUUAGAGAAAUUUGAUAUUAAGUAACAAUGAGC